AGAAUACAUAUAAAAUUAGAGAAAUGAAAAAGGCAUUUCUAACAACCCCACAUAAAGCUUAUGACAUGCAUAAUGACAAACAAUAUUACAAAGGUUGCUUCACAGAAGAUGCUCACUACUGCACAUGUACACUUCCACUACACCCAUUCAUAUUUAUAUGUAUAUGCAGAUGAUCAUUUCCUACGCCAAAUCUUGCAACCCUUAAUUUACUGCCUCUUCCCUGUUUGCUUCUUUCUCACAAUUAUAGUACUGAGGAUUCCUAGCUAGCCAGCUAGUAGCUAGAAGCGAAAUGGCUUUCCCAGAGAAGAAGAAUAUAGAGUUAGAGAAAGGAGAUGGUCAAGUAGUCCCAGGAAAGGGGAAGAAGUAUUCUAUAGCUGUAAUUUUCAGAUAUGCAGAUUGGGCUGACCUAGUGCUCAUGUUUUUAGGUACAAUUGGAGCUUUUGCUGAUGGGAUGUCCACAAACUUUUUACUGGUCUUUGCCAGUCGCCUUAUGAACAGCUUGGGAUAUGGUAAAACCCAAAAGAACCAUGGAAAUUUUAUGGAUGAUGUUGAGAAGUGCAGUUUAUACUUUGUGUACUUGGGAUUAGCAGUCAUGGUGGCGGCCUUUAUGGAAGGUUAUUGCUGGAGUAGAACGAGUGAGCGGCAGGUACAGAAGAUUCGGUACAAGUAUUUGGAAGCUGUUCUCAGACAAGAAGUAGGGUUCUUUGAUUCACAAGAGGCAACUACUUCAGAGAUCAUCAAUAGCAUAUCAAAAGACUCUUCACUCAUACAAGAAGUUCUUAGUGAGAAGGUGCCUUUAUUUUCUAUGAACACAUCAGUGUUCAUCUCAGGACUUGCAUUCUCCACUUAUUUUUCAUGGAGGCUGACUUUGGUGGCCUUGCCAACAACACUUCUCCUAGUAGUACCUGGAAUAGUAUAUGGGAAAUACCUUCUCCAUUUGUCCAAAAGGUCCUUCAAGGAGUAUGGGAAAGCAAAUGGCAUUGUGGAGCAGGCUCUAAGCUCCAUCAAGACUGUCUACUCAUUCACUGCCGAGACGAGAAUCAUCGAAAGGUACUCAUCCAUAUUGGAUCGAACGACGAAGCUUGGGAUCAAGGCGGGCAUUGCAAAGGGCAUUGCCGUGGGGUGCACCGGACUUUCUUUCGCGAUUUGGGCAUUUUUUGCUUGGUAUGGAAGCCGCUUGGUUAUGUACAGAGGGGAAAGUGGAGGAAGGAUUUAUGCAGCUGGCAUUUCCUUCAUUUUGGGUGGAUUAUCCCUGGGAAGAGCAAUCCCAGAAGUGAACUACUUCGCAGAAGCUUCAGUUGCAGCCACAAGAAUAUUUGAGAGGAUCAACAGGAUUCCAGAAAUUGAUGGUGAAGACACCAAAGGACUAGUGCUGGAAGAAAUUGCAGGCAAUAUAAAAUUCGAGCAUGUAGAAUUUGCAUAUCCUUCCCGACCCGAUUCCUUGAUUCUGAAAGAUUUCAGUCUUAGUAUUGAUGCCGGAACAACUGUAGCCCUUGUGGGUGCAAGUGGAAGUGGCAAAUCCACAGCCAUUGCACUGGUUCAAAGGUUCUAUGAUGCACAGAAUGGGGUUGUGAAGAUUGAUGGUGUGGAUAUAAGAACACUGCAAUUGAAAUGGAUGAGAGGGAAAAUGGGUGUUGUGAGUCAAGAACAUGCAUUAUUCGGGACAUCAAUAAAGGAGAAUAUCAUGCUUGGGAAGCUGGAAGCAACCAUGGAUGAAGUCAUGGCUGCAGCCAUGGCUGCAAAUGCUCAUAAUUUCAUAAGGCAGCUUCCUGAGGGGUAUGAAACCAAGGUUGGGGAAAGAGGAGCACUUUUAUCUGGUGGACAAAAGCAGAGAAUUGCCAUUGCAAGAGCCAUUGUGAGAAACCCUAUGAUUCUACUACUUGAUGAAGCAACAAGCGCUCUUGACUCUGAAUCAGAAGCAUUGGUUCAAAACGCCCUUGAUCAAGCCUCCCUGGGAAGAACCACUCUGGUAGUUGCCCACAAGCUUUCCACUAUCAGAAAUGCAGAUCUCAUUGCUGUGAUUAGCGACGGCUGCGUUGUUGAAGUAGGCUCACACAAUGACCUCAUAAAUAGGAAAAAUGGCCACUAUGCAAACCUGGCGAGGCUACAAAGACAAUUCAGCUGCCAUGAACAAGAUCAGAAUAUAGAAACACGGAUUUCUUCAGCAACAAGAAGUGCUGGCCGGUCGAGCACUGCUAAAUCAAGUCCAGCCCUCUUUGCUUCUCCAUUACAUGAUGAGAACAAAACACAACCCGUAUCUCACCCUUCUCCUUCUUUCUCCCGGCUUCUCUGCUUAAACUCCCCUGAAUGGAAGCAAGGUCUAGUUGGAAGCCUUUCAGCUAUACUAUUCGGGGCAGUGCAGCCUGUCUAUGCCUUAACUAUAGGUGGAAUGAUUUCCACCUUCUUCAUCCAAAGCCAUGAUGAAAUGCGUGCUCGAAUAAGAACAUACUGUUUAAUUUUCUCCUCACUUUCUCUGAUUUCAAUCGUCGUGAAUCUGUCGCAACACUACUAUUUUGCCUAUAUGGGAGAGCAGCUGACAAAGAGAAUUAGGUUGAGAAUGCUACAGAAGAUCUUCACCUUUGAAACUUCAUGGUUCGACGAUGAACAGAACUCGAGUGGGGUAUUAUGUUCUAGAUUGAGCAAUGAAGCUUCCAUGGUGAAAUCCCUUGUAGCUGAUAGGGUUUCUCUUUUGGUUCAAACCGCUUCAGCUGUAACAAUCACAGUGGUGCUGGGCCUAGCAGUGGCUUGGAAACUUGCACUCGUUAUGGUAGCAGUCCAACCUCUCACAAUUCUGUGUUUUUAUACGCGGAAAGUUUUACUCUCUAACUUAUCAGCAAACUUUGUGAAGGCACAAAAUCUAAGCACUCAGAUUGCUGUAGAAGCAGUUUAUAACCAUAGAAUUGUGACUUCAUUUGGAAGCAUAGGAAAAGUUCUUCAGAUUUUCAGUGAGGCUCAGGAGGAGCCAAGAAAAGAAGCAAGGAAGAAAUCAUGGUUGGCGGGAAUGGGUAUGGGGUCUGCACAGUGCUUAACAUUUAUGUCGUGGGCUCUGGAUUUCUGGUACGGGGGGAAGCUAGUGGAAGAAGGACAGAUAUCAGCCGGGGAUGUGUUCAAGACCUUCUUCAUAUUGGUCAGCACAGGCAAAGUCAUAGCUGAGGCUGGCAGCAUGACUUCUGAUUUAGCCAAGGGUUCGGCUGCUGUGGCAUCCGUGUUUGAUAUACUUGAUCGGACAUCACUCAUUCCAGGGUCUUGCCAUGAAGGAGAAGGCAAUACUGGAAUGAAGUUGGAAAGAAUGAUUGGUUGGAUAGAGAUGAAUAAAGUUGACUUUGCAUACCCAAGCCGGCCAGGAUGUCUAGUGCUGUGCCAAUUUUGCUUGGAGGUGAAAGCAGGCACGAGCAUUGGACUCGUAGGGAAAAGUGGAUGCGGUAAAUCAACAGUGAUUGGAAUAAUUCAGAGGUUUUAUGAUGUUGAAAGGGGGACAGUGAAGGUGGAUGGGGUGAACAUAAGGGAUCUUGAUGUUGGAUGGUACAGAAGGCACAUGGCCCUCGUUAGCCAGGAACCAGUCAUAUAUUCAGGCAGCAUUCGCGAGAACAUUGUCCUUGGGAAGCUCGAUGCAACCGAAAAUGAGGUGGUGGAAGCUGCCAGAGCUGCAAAUGCUCUUGAAUUUAUUUCGUCAUUAAAAGAUGGGUAUGAGACAGAAUGCGGCGAGAGGGGGGUUCAGUUAUCAGGAGGGCAGAAACAGAGGAUUGCAAUUGCAAGAGCAAUAAUUCGAAAUCCAACUGUACUCUUAAUGGAUGAAGCAACAAGUGCUCUUGAUGCCCAAUCAGAGCAAGUUGUCCAAGAAGCACUGGAUCGAAUCAUGGUUGGGAGGACUACCCUCGUGGUUGCACAUCGACUUAACACAAUCAAGAAUCUGGACUCCAUAGCCUUCAUUGCAGAUGGAAAGGUCAUAGAGCAAGGAACGUAUGCACGGCUCAAAAACCAGCGAGGGGCCUUCUUCAACCUCAACAAUCUUCAAAACAUAGAUACACAGGCUUAACUCUCCGUAAUAGUCUAUCGAUGCCUUUGGACAUUAGAGAUUCAGAUUAGCUGUUGCUUAAGAACUCCAAUGUACAAUUAGUCUGACCUUGCCCAUGUAUAAGUAAGCAACACAACUCUCUUGAAGGCAUCUUACUGUAACCGUGUAAAAUUUUCCAUUAGCCUACUAUGUUUUGAAUAGAAUUAGUAGUUGUAACUUGGGAAUUA